UUGUGAUUGACAGAUUUACAGGAGUCUCUGUCAAAGCUGAUCCUAAAUCAUCCCACAGGUGUCAUCUUGUCAUUCAGUCUGGUGCCAUGUCCAGCUUGAGGAGCCUUAACCGCCCCGGGGCAGCAGCUCCGUGCCAGCCCUCCUCCUCGGUCGAAAGCAGCAGCUACAUGGAGCCUGAUCCAGACACUGCAACCCUCUUCCCGGUGACCCGGUCCUCCGUGCUGGCUCGCCGUCUCCUGCGUUUACGGGCUUACAGCAGACACGUAGGACCCGCUACUCGCCGCAAGAGGGAGAUGAUCCCCUCUGACAGGAAAGAUGCCAUCUACUGGGAUAAGCGUCAGAAGAACAACGAGGCGGCCAAGCGGUCCAGGGAGAAGAGGAGGCUGAGCGACCUGAUGCUGGAGAGUCAGCUGCUGGCUCUGACUGAGGAGAACGCACAGCUGCGGGCUCAGGUGCUCAGCCUGCAGUAUCACAGCAGCCUGAGUGCAGAAAAGAGCAAAGCUGACUCUGCGUGUGCAACAUCCACUGCAUCUGUUUCUGCUCUGCCCUCCAUAUCGAGUCACUCUCCAGCCCUCUUUCAGCCGGUACGCUGGGGCAACAGCAGCAACCCAGGCUCUGUCCUGGGUGUGAGGCAACAAGACACCCCCAUCCACCCUUUUGAGGCCAAGAUCCCUUGCUUUAGCUCAACUAGGGGGGACUUUCAUCCACAGAGUUCUCAAAACUGCAGCACACAACAAGGCAUCUCCCCCCUCUCCGGGCCCCGUGUCCUCUCUCCCCGAGCAGCUUUAGAAACCGGGAGGUCAGCAGAGGCAGAGACGGAUGCUCAGCGACAUGUCUCCUCCAGCGAUGACAUUCACAGCUCCUCCGAUCACCCUGCGUCAUCCAUGCCAGCGUUUCUGCCCACGUCUGACACACUCCACCAUGCCUCCAUUCUGUCAUACCCUCCUAGAAAUUGGCUGCUGCCCAGUCUGAAUCACUCGGCAGUGUGCAAUAAUUUUCUGCUGCCUUGGCGGUCCUCCUACCUGGCCCCACCGGCCGUCUACCGCGGCCUGCCUCUCUACAUACAGGAGAGACAAGGCCACGGUCUCGGUGUGGAGGCAGACCGUCAGGUAGGAUUCAAGGGCCGAUUAAGCAGUGCACCGGCGGGGAUGUCUCACCUCGGGGUGCACCUCAGUCCUGAUGGACGCUAACAGGACAGUUUGACUGUCACGACGUUUAUUACAAAACAACAUUUACUGUCCUAUUUUUUUAUUCAUUUAUGUCUUGUAAAAAUGCAAACAUCUGUGGGUUUUAAAUUACAAAUGAAUACCACAUAUGCAUCAGAUUUUGACAGCAUGUCACCAAGGAAGGCCUUUCAGUGAGAUUGGUCAUAAUGAAAACAGGAAAAAUGAGGGUUACUAAUACGCGUGGGCUAUAUUUCCCGGAAUAUAGACGACAUAGAGAAUAUUUUAAUGCAGCCUACACUGUUGAUAUACUGUGUGAUUUUCUGUGGUUUGAUAUAUGUC